AUGGAUGGCCAGACGGGGCCUCCCGGGGGCGACCUGCUCAGGAGCGCGCAGCAGGAGCUGGCGAGCCUGCGAGGGGACCUGUAUGCCGCGCAGCGGGCGUGCAGGGACAAGGACAUGGCGCUGAAUCAGCUGGGUGCCGAGAGGGAGGCGCUGCUGGCCCGACUGCGGGACCUGGAUGACGCGCUGUCCGCGACGGACGCGCGGGCUCGGCUUGUGCCCGGCCUGGAGUCUCGCUGCGCGGAGAUGAAGGACCUGGUGGUCAGGCUAGGAAAGGAGAACCAGACGGCCAAAGAUGCCCUGCAGGCCGCCGAGAGCGACUUGCGCGAGGAACGGAGGUGCCGUGAGCUGGCAGACACAGCCGCUGCAAGGGCAGAGGCAGAGCAAAAGAGGAUACAGCGCGAGAAGGAAGCCAUCGCAGCCCAGCUGAGGGUGUCCGAGCAGCAAGUGGCCGAAGCUGAGGAGGAACAGUGCAGGGCAGAGGCUGAUGCAGCCGAUGCCAGGCGUGAGCUGAAGGCAUUACAGGCACCCGGUGCAACAGCCACAGAAACUGGGGUUGAGGGAGGACCGGCCAUGGAUGAGCUACAGCGGGAGCUUGAGGCGGAGCGAAGCCGCACAGACGAUCUAUCGGCAGCCCUUGGGGCCUCAAGGGCAGCCACCAGCUCCACUCGGGUGGAGUUGCAAAAGGCAAAUGACCGCAUCACUGAGCUCCAGAAAGAUCUUGCUUCGACACAAGAGGCUCUGGAGGCAAAAACAGAAAAUGACUCGCAAGCCCCCACCUCAGCAGGCCAGUCGCUAGAGAGCACCGAGUUCUCUGAGUCUGUUGAAGAACCAGGACUGGGGGAGCAGCACAAAGAGCAGAUAGCUGCCCUGCGUAAGAAGGUCAACACCCUGAAGCUCAGCCGGGACAAACUGCUGUUCGAGGUUGACCGCCAGUCUGUGGGCAUCGAGACGCUGCAGGCUGAGAAGCAGGCGCUCCAAGGGGAGCUGGAGGACUGCCGGAGCGCCUCCAAGCUGUGGGAGGCGAGUGCGCAGCAGGCGCUGGCCCAGGUGGAGAAAGUCAAAGACAUGCUGGAGGAGAGUGCCAAGUGGAAGAAAGACGAUCAGGGAUUCCAGGAUGGUGAACAGGCACAGGCCACAGAAGGCGUUCCCACACCGGACGCAAACACUGUCGAGGAGCAACUGCUUGAGGAGCGUGCCCGUGCUGUCGCCCUGGACUGCAAACUCAGGCAGGUGGGAGCAACCCUGGUGCAGGCCAUGCAGGGCAACAUGCAGAUGCGGCGCUCCUGGCUGCCUGUGCUGCAUGGCAUCGAGUCCAGGCUGAUGCAAUUGGCCAGCUCAGGGGUGGAGUUUGCUGACUAG